AUGUCACGGAUUCGUUUAACGCUUAUAAUUCUGACCAUUUGUGUCUGCAGAAGCUAUCAGUUACAUGCGAAAAUGAAUGAAGCGGGCUUGUGCAGCGACACGACUGUUUCAGUCAAUGGCGGGAAAAUUCGCAUACAAUACAGUAAACAGUUUAGACUGCAGUGCGAUGAGGGUUACGUGUCGCCCUGGUCCAGUCCCAACCAGUCUUACAUCUACCAAUGUGAAAACGGAGUACUGAAAAGGAAGAUACCCGAAGGAUGUGUAGUGAAGCGACUUGCAUAUCGAAAGAUGAGAUUCCAGAUAUUGCUGGCUAAAACAGAGAAAACGGCGGAACUUUGCGGAAAUGCACAGAAACAAGCAGAGCUGUCAAAACGUUACAAUGAGACUGUGGAUAAGUCUGCACAGGGUCUUCAAAACAAACUCUACAUUACAAACUGUUCAGUGCCCAUAAAUCCACAAGAUUAUGUG